AUGCCGGGGAGAUUACGGUGGUACGCGAGCGUGCCGCAGUGGGAGGUGGCGCUGCCGCCGCCCGUGGUGACGCUGGGCGCGGCGCCGCAGCAGCGCGCUGCCGUCAUCGAGGAGCUGAAGCAGCUGGCGCUGCGCGGCUACGAGCUCUUCUCCUCCGUGCUGGAGCGCCUCUGCGCGCUCUCCGCGGACACGGACGGUGAGCCACGCCCUUCCUUCCCUCGCUCUGUCACUACUUCCGUUCUCAGCCUCCCCAUUCCUUCGCCCCCUCCAUUCUCUUGCUCCUCCAUUCGCUUGCUCCUCCAUCUUUGGACCCCUUCACUCUUUGGAACCCCUCUAUUCUUUGGCCCCCCUCUAUUCUUUGGCCCUGCGGCGCAGCUGGCGCGCGAGCAGGCGGCGUACAAGGCGCGCAUCGAGGAGAUCCAGCUGCGCCUCACGUCGCCCACGCUGGAGACGCGGCGCCUGGAGGCGACGGCGCCCGGAGGGGCGGGCGCGGCCGGCGCGGCGGACGUGGCGGCGGCGGAGCGCGACGUGCAGCGCCUCAUGUGGCCCAUCGAGGACGCCCUC